GUGCAAACAUAUGUUUAGACAGAAAGGAUUUUAGCUUGAAUGUCUUUUCAUUAAUUACAGAGAUUAGGAAGUGGCUGUCUGAACUAUUUUCCAAAGGAUAAACAUUAUAAAUCUUUGGAUGUGGCAGCUCACCAUGAAGAUACUAUUGAUUUUGGAGGACCGCAGCUACCAGCAGCCAAGGGAUGCUGCCACUCAGCUGCCAACUGAAACAAGCUCCUCCUCAGAAGGUUUUGUGUAGAUGCUGGGCCGUGAUGGGGAAAUUGCAAAGCAAGCUCAAACACAGCACUUCCAAAUACAGGCCUGAUGCAGUCAUUGAAGAGAGGAUUCAAACUAAAACCUUUCAAGACUAUAGCCCAGCCCACCUGGAUACCACCGUCUUUGCCGUUGCUGCUUUAAACUCAGAACUUUGCGUCUCUGGAGGAAAAGAUAAGACAGUUGUGGCCUAUAAUUGGAAAACUGGAAAGGUGGUGAAAAGGUUCAAAGGACACGAACGUGAAGUCACCAAGGUAGCUUGUAUUCACAAAUCGAGCCAGUUCUUCAGUGCAUCUCGUGACAGGAUGGUUAUGAUGUGGGACUUGCAUGGUUCUUCCCAACCAAGGCAGCAGUUCUCAGGCCAUGCCAUGGUGGUCACCGGAUUAGCUGUGAGUCCAGACUCUACACAGCUGUGCACUGGCUCUCGGGACAACACCCUGCUUCUCUGGGAUGUGGAAACUGGACGAUAUGUGGAGAAAGCUACUGUCUCCAGGAACCUGGUCACUCACCUGUGCUGGGUCCCCAGAGAACCAUACAUCCUACAGACCUCGGAAGAUAAAACCAUCAGAUUAUGGGAUAGCCGGGGGCUACAUGUAGCUCAUCUGUUUCCUGCAAAACAGCACAUUCAGACCUACUGUGAGGUCAGUGACGAUGGACAGCAGUUUAUCUCCUGCAGCAGUGGCUUUGGUGGGGAAGGCUGUGAAGCCACGUUGUGGGACCUGAGACAGACACGUAACAGAAUAUGUGAAUAUAUGGGACAUUUUCAGACAGUUGCGUCCUCUGUCUUUCUACCAAGAGCAUUGGCCUUGGUACCUGUAAUUGCUACCUCAUCACAUGACUGCAAAGUGAAGAUUUGGAAUCAAAAUACUGGAGCCUGUCUUUUCACUUUGUCUCUGGAUGGAUCAGGGCCCUUGACUUCCCUUGCUGUUGGCGACACAGCCUCCUUGUUGUGUGCAAGUUUCAGCAGAGGACUUCAUUUACUUAGAGUGGACCACCGUGGAGGCCUGCAACUGCAGGAAGUGGCAUCAUUCUGA